AACAGCUCCAACGGCGUCGUUCGGUGGGAACAUCCAUCGGCAUCUCCACGUCACCUGCAAGCGCUCGACAUCUCCGCACCUGUUGAACUCACCGCGCUCUUAUAAGUCGGAGCGCGUGCUCAAGACGAUGGACUAUCUGGACGCCGCGCGCCGCGCUCCGUGGCUCGUCGUGUACUUGGCGGCAGGCGUCGGCGUGCUAGUAAACCUGCUCGGCGAGGCAUACUCCAACGCUCUCGACGUGUGCGAAAUGUACCCGCAUUUCUCGUUCCAGGAGACCUUGCGUGAAGAGAUAAACAUGCACCACACGCGUCUUCCACUGGUGCGUGUGCACGUGCCCACGCUGCAUCUUCUAGGCGCGUAUAUCGUCGUCUACGCCGCCAAGCACUGGGGACUACUCGACCGGGGCUGGCCGCUGCUGCUUGACGUGCUAUCAGGACGCUGGAUAUAUCGCCAAUUGUUCGAGGUGCUCCCGUCAUAUUUACCUUUCGUCUUCUCCGAGCCAGACGUGCCCGAGUUGCUGUCAGAAGAUGAAGCUCGAGAGCUGGAUGGCGACGAAGAUGACGGAUAUUUGGACGAUGUUCCACCGUCUCCACCUGUGGAUAACGACGCGUGCAACGAAGCUUUAGCUAAGCUAAAGCAAGUGAAGAUGCAGCAUGCCAACCGAACGAUCCCGCGGCCCGACGACUGGCUCGUGUUCGAUCCCGUACAGGAAAAACUGGUGUUGCAGAAGCAUGCAGCACAAAUGAACGGCAGUGCACUCAAUGGACACAGCAAUGGCUACAAAGUGUCACUCUCACGUGCGCAGGAACCUAUAGGAGACAGCCAGACCCUAAUGUCUGCAGUAGCAGAUCGAGUGGAGGAGCCACAGGAAGUCGAGACGGGGUCUAGGACACGAUUAUAGAUCCCUUCCUUUUUAUCCGUGCGAGUUUGGACGGCAACCAGCAGAAAGUGGCAGUUUGUUAUCCGUCGGACGUUUAUCGCCACUGCCGAGCUGACAACAGAGCUGGAUCGCGCGAAGAACGGAGUUAACAGGCAUGUGGCCACCGCAGGCUGCAGUCCAACUGCGAAGCGCUGGAACGAGACACUGCAGACUCGCCAGGGACAGCGACAACAGUUGAUUCUUCUUGCACCAAGUAACACGUCCGCUUGAUGAGAUGAAGACGAAGUACUCGGCGUCCCAGACAGUCAUACUGGUUACUUGGGUCAUGCAGGCAUACCUCAAAUGCUCCAGACAACCGUCAAAGCCCUGAUUACCAGGUGCUGGGAAGAGUUUGCUGCAGACUUUCGAGUUUAAAACUUCCUGGGGAUAAAACGCUCGCAGCUCAUUCAUCACCA